GAGUGGGCGGGAAGAAGCCCGUCUUCCUCCCUCCGCCUUCCUCCUCCUCCUCCUUCUGAGGUAACUUUUCCGAGGCGAGGCGAUUGGAAAGCCGUUGCGAGACGGCCUCUGAGGGGAAAAGAAGAACGAGAAGACGCUCCUGAGGGGAACAGGGCUCCCUUCUCUCCCCUCAUCGCCUCGGACUUGGCUCUCUUCCUUCCCACAGCCGCCCUUUUCUCCUCCUUCGUGUCUAUAUUAUCCGGGAAGGACUCUUUCCUCACAGAAACCGGGGAGAAGGAAGGAAGGAAGGAGGAGAGCAGACUCGCUCAAACUUUGAGGCGAUUUGGAGAAGCCAUAAAGCCACACUUGGGGAGAAGAUCCUGAAAGAAGAAAGCUCCUUGGCAGCCAUGGGCCUCCUCUCAUGAAGGCCACACUUGAGGAGCAGAUCCUGAAGGAAGAAGGCCCCUUGGCAGGCAUGAGCCUCCUCGCAUGAUUGCCAUCUGAAGCUUUCCCUCAGCUCAAACUUUGCUCUCUCCUGAGGUGUUUCGGAGAAGCCACAAAAGCCACACUUUGGGGAGAAGAUCCAGAUGGAAGAAGGCGACUUGGCAGCCAUGGGCCUCCUCUCAUGAAGGCCACACUUGAGGAGAAGAUCCUGAAGUAAGAAGGCGCCUUGAAAGCAAUGGGCCUCCUCGCAUGAUUGCCAUCGGAAGCUCUCCCUCAGCCACAGAGCAGACUUGCUCAAACUUUGCUCUCUCCUGAGGUGUUUUAGAGAAGCCACAAAAGCCACACUUCGGGGAGAAGAUCCAGAUGGAAGAAGGCUCCUUGGCAGCCAUGGGCCUCCUCUCAUGAGUACCAUCCGAAGCUCUCCCUCAGCCACAGAGCAGACUUGCUCAAACUUUGCUCCCGCCUGAGGUAUUUCGGAAAAGCCACACUUUGGGGAGAAGAUCCAGAAGGAAGAAGGCGACUUGGCAGCCAUGGGCCUCCUCUCAUGAAGGCCACACUUGAGAAGAUCCAGAAGGAAGAAGGCGACUUGGCAGGCAUGGGUCUCCUCUCAUGAGUGCCAUCGGAAGCUCUCCCUCAGCCACAGAGCAGACUUGCUCAAACUUUGCUCUCGCCUGAAGUGUUUUGGAGAAGCCACAAAAGCCACACUUGGGGAGAAGAUCCAGAUGGAAGAAGGCGCCUUGGCAGCAAUGGACCUCCUCUCAUGAAGGCCCCGCUUUCCAUUGGAGGCUCAGUCAGAAGAGGCAGGUGCCCAAGCCACCUUCAAAUCCAUUGCCACCCUCGAUUGCAGAAUGAAGAAGAGAUCAAGAGACAUUAUGGAGCUGACCCCAACCACUGAUUAGGACACUUGGAGGCAGCUGGCGAUCCCAUAUGCCUUCUAGGACCUUCUUGCUCUCAACUGAUUUCUGGAGUCUAUCCCUGGUGGUCCCAGCAAGAAGUGGGAAGAAGCCAUCCUCAGUCAGAAGAGGCAAGUGCCCAAGCCACUCUCAGAUCCAUUGCAGAAUGAGGAAGAGAUCAAGAGACAAUAUGGAGCCGACCCCAACCACUGAUUAGGACACCAGGUGCCUGGAGGCAGCUGCCUAUACCUCUCCUGGGACCUCCUUGCUUUCAACCCUUCUUUCUUGGAGUCUAUCCCUGGUGGUCCCAGCAAGACGUUGGAGGAAGUCAUUGCAAGACCCAUCACCAUCCUUCCAGGAAGAGAUUGUAUCCAGUGCCUGUUAAAUAGGAAACGCCGACUAAUUAGGACACCAGGCACCUGGAGCCAACUGUCCUUCAACCUCCUGCUGCUCUCAGUCGUUUUCCUCAUGUUUUCCUGUCCAGGGAUUCACUACCAAGGUCAAGAAAACGUAAUUGAUUUGGACUACUGACUUUUUUUUUUUUGCGGCUGAUGUAAUUUAUUUGGACUACUGACUUGUUUUGCAGCUGACAACCACCCUCUUGUUCUCCUUUCCAUUCUGCUGGAUUCAUUGAGACUAACCUGGACUGAAUCAACUGCUCAUUCUUCCGUAGAGAUAAAAGAAGUGAUGUCCAGCGGCUGUGAAAUAGGAGACCCUGACUAAUUAGGGCACCAGGCACCUGGAGGCAGCUGCCUAUCAACGUCCCAAGACUUCCUUGCUGAUCUCAACCAUUCUCCUGGUGCACUCUUCAUGCUUUCCUGGCUUUGGAUUCACUACCAAUGUGAAGAAAACAUAAUUUAUUUGGAUUAUUGAGUUCUUUGUGGCUGAUGACUACCCUCUUGGUCUCCCUCCAUUCUGCUGGACCCCUUGUGAUCGAUUGCUCAACAGCAUCUUGUAUUCCAGCCACUGGAUUCCUGAGACUCUUGAUGACUGGAGUCUAAGUGUGUGUCUGUGUCCCGCUUGCCAUGAAGGUCCGACUGUCCAGGAAGGGGCCCUACCUGCUGCUGGGGCUCCUGAUUGUCGGGGGCACUUUCUUCCUGGUGGAGCUGUCUAUUUCCAGCCUCCAGGCACCUUCCUCGGGGGGCCUGGGGGAUGGGGCCACCAAAGGGAGGUGGGAGAGGCAUUUUUUGAAGGGGGCCGAGGAGAGGGAAGAGCUGGCCCGGCCGGUGUACCAGAAGCCCCCUCCGGACCCCCAUGGCCUGGGGGAGUGGGGCAAGGCAGCCCGCUUGACUCUGAGCCCUGAAGAGAAGAAGCUGGAAGAAGAGCUGGUGGAGCGCUACGCCAUCAACAUCUACUUGAGCGAUAAGAUCUCUCUGCACCGCCACAUCGAUGAUGGGCGCAUGCCAGAGUGCAGGUCCAAGACCUAUGACUACCGGCGGCUGCCCACCACCUCCGUCAUCAUCGCGUUCUACAACGAAGCCUGGUCCACUUUGCUCCGGACCAUCCACAGCGUUCUGGAGUCCUCACCGUCCGUCCUGCUCAAGGAGAUAAUUCUGGUGGACGACCUGAGCGACAAAGUGUACCUGAAGGGCGAGCUCGAAAAGUACAUCAGCAACCUGCAAAGGGUCCGCUUGAUCAGAACCAACAAGCGGGAAGGGCUGGUCCGGGCCAGGCUGAUCGGUGCCACCUUUGCCACGGGCGACGUCCUCACCUUCCUCGACUGCCAUUGUGAGUGUGUCCCUGGGUGGCUGGAGCCGCUUCUGCAGAGGGUGGCUGAGAACAAGAGCGUCAUCAUUUGCCCCGUCAUCGACACCAUUGAUUGGAACACCUUUGAGUUCUACAUGCAGCCGGGAGAGCCCAUGAUUGGGGGGUUUGACUGGCGGCUGACCUUUCAGUGGCACUCGGUGCCAGACUACGAGCGCCAACGGCGGAAAUCUAAAGUUGACCCCAUAAGAUCCCCGACCAUGGCUGGAGGCCUGUUUGCUGUCAGUAAAAAGUACUUUGAAUAUCUUGGCACCUAUGACAUGGGGAUGGAUGUGUGGGGCGGAGAGAACCUGGAGCUCUCCUUUAGGGUCUGGCAGUGUGGGGGCAUCCUGGAAAUCCACCCUUGUUCGCACGUCGGCCAUGUGUUUCCUAAACGGGCUCCGUAUGCCAGGCCCAACUUCCUUCAGAACACGGCACGGGCAGCCGAAGUAUGGAUGGAUGACUACAAAGAGCAUUUCUACAACAGGAAUCCUCCAGCACGGAAGGAAAACUUUGGCGAUCUCUCUGAGAGAAAACUCCUCAGAAAGAAGUUGCAGUGCAAUAACUUUGACUGGUAUUUAAAAAACAUAUUCCCCAAUUUGCACGUGCCGGAGGAUCGUCCCGGCUGGCAUGGGGCCAUCCGCAGCAUGGGCAUCUCCUCCGAGUGUCUAGACUACAAUUCACCGGAACACAAUCCUACGGGGGCCCACGUGAGUCUCUUUGGUUGCCACGGCCAAGGGGGCAACCAAUUUUUUGAGUAUACGGUGAAUCAAGAAAUCAGAUUUAACUCUGUGACUGAGCUUUGUGCCGAGGUGCCUGAACAAAAGGAUUUUGUAGGCAUGAGGACAUGCCCAAAAGAUGGCACUUUCAUUCCAGAAACCAUUAAAUGGCAAUUUAGAGAAGAUGGAACCAUUUAUCAUCCCCAUUCAGCUAAAUGCCUUAGUGCUUAUCGUACUCCUGAGGGGCGAGCUGAUAUUCAGAUGACGGCAUGUAACGCUGGAGAUAAAAAUCAAGCGUGGAAGUUUGAGAAAUAGAAGAGCAGUCAGCCUAGUCCAGGGUUUUCCAAUCAAGGUUCCCUAGAACCAUAUGGAUCCACAAGUGGUUAUUAGGAGUGGUUAUUGGGACAAAAUAACAUCUUUUUGAGCUGUUGAUGUAAUGAUUUUAAUGCAAGGUAAAAAGGUUGAGAAAAGCUGGUCUAGCCUUUGUCCAAAAGUACUUUCUCUUGAGUAUGCAAAGGGAUCUUGUAGCACCUUUGACGUUGAAAGAAAAAAGUUGGUAGCUUAAACUCACCUUAACUGGGUCUACAUCAUCAGAUGCCAUAGUAGACCAAGUCUGCUAAAGCUUAUGCUACCGACUUCUGCUCUGUGUACAGAUACAGACUAACACGGCUAUGUCUUUGUCUCCAGAGUAGUAUAUAUUUUACAUAAUUUUUGCUUCGUGUUAGAUCACUUAUGAAAAAGUUUAUUUUAGUAAAUAUGAAAACUACAGUGCAUUAACGUGAAGAAAAAUAUAUUUUGGAAUUUGCCUGUUUGAAAGUGCCUUAUACAUUCAACUAUACUGUUCAUAUGAAACAAACAUAGGUUAUAGCAGCUUGAAAGUUCUUGUAGAACCAAAAUUACUGUAACAUUGUGGGAAUAAGGUAAAUGCCAGUGAAAUUAAGUCCAGCAAGAGUUAUAGAUCAUGUUUCAACACCUAUUAAAUUAUGCAGGCAACCUGCAGUUAACAUCUUGGUUCACAUGGGCAAAGCAAGAUGCAUGGCUCUUAGGACAUUGUCUGGAUUGUUGAAUUUAGGGUCUUGAUUGUGCGGAGAGACAAUUUCUUGGCUUCAGGGAACAGAGGAUUUAUAGGCUUGAACUUGUUUCUCCAAUCCUCUGUGCAGAUACAGACAUCUUGCUUUAAUUUAAGCAAGAGCAAGAAACAACUGCAAUCUGGGCAGGGAGUAAAAAGAGUUGGGUGUUUUUCACUAUUGAGACUAGAACAGAAACAAUCAAGUUGAAACUGAGGUUGAAAGUACCAAUGGGGGCAUUCCUUUUUUCAGGUUUUUAAGUUCAUAGAAAUCAUGAGAAAUCUGGCUUUAGGGUUUUGAAAACCAAGGUGCCCAUUAGAUUCGAUGCCACAUGAGACUCGAGUAAAUAGGGUAAUUAUGCUGCCCCUUUAAAAUUAACUGAGUUGUUUUGUGAGUGCAAUUUAAUACAUUUGACAUGUAGAGGAUAUAAUUUAGAUUUCCCUGAGGGCCAAAAGACUUACUUUUAUUUGAAAAUGCAGUAUAUUCCUAGGGCAGAAAUAUUAUCCUAAGGAGUUAUAAUUAUGAUGGGGAAAGGUGAUCUUAACCAAAGGCCUGGGUGAAAAGCCAGGUUUUCCGACUCUUCUGAAACGCCAUCAAGGUGGGGGCUUGCCUGAUCUCCCCAGGCAGCGAAUUCCAUAAUCGGGGGCCACUACAGAGAAGGCCCUCUCUCUCUCGUCCCCACAAACCGCGCUUGUGAUGCUGGCGGAAGUGAGAGGACUAUGUAACUUACCUCUUUGCAGGAGAAGGGAAGCAAAACUUAAGCAAUAUGUGUUCGUGUUCAAUUGAGCUGUAGUUAUUUAUUGGGCUCAAUCCAUAACUAUGAACUAUUAUGUCAAGUGCCAGUGCAUUAAUACCUUCUAGAGCCAGAAGCUUUUAGGGUACAAAGGCCAACGAUCUGAAAAGUAAUUGUGAAAGCUUUUUUUGACACCCAGUCACUCUAGCCCUGGAAGCAAAUCUUACUCUUUGGAGUCAUAUAGAAUCUAAUUUUCACUUCAAAACUGGCUGUUCCAACAAUGUCAGCCUUCAGCCUUUUAAAAGAAGAGACACUGACAUUUCUUUAUGCUGGGUAGAACAAAUAGGACUUGUGGAAUAAUAUAGCGUAAGGACAGGUGAGACGUGGCAUACUCUGUAUGCCUUUUAUCACCCCUCAGCAAACACUUGAUAGGUCAUUCUAUGCUUAAAACCUGAAAAACUUGUUUCGCUUAAAAGGGUAUUUGGAUAAACUACAUAGGUUUGCAUGGUGCAGGAAAUAUUUUCUCUGAUACAAUAUUUACUGACUUUUUAUUUUAGAAUUGGUGACAGAUUUAUUUUAUGGGGGGGGGGGGGGUAGGGAGAAUUGCAAUGCCUUAACUAUUCUUAUGGCUCUACCAUAACUACUAUUCUUUGUUUCUGUUAGUACUCUCAUGCUUUUUCAUAUAAUUCAUAAUCUCUUCUUUAACUGCCAUUUUAGCCUUGCAUAGUCAUCUCCAUAAUUAUGGGGUCAGAUUUUUGCACUGAGGUCCAUUCAAGGACUGCACAAGGCCUAUAAAUUGGGGUUGGGAUGGGUGGGAUCGAAACUAGAAGUGAUGGGAGCUCCAUUUCUGGACUGGCUAUUUCAUAGUCUGUGUUGGGGGCAGUUCAGGAUCAGGUGCCCUUUUUUAGGCCAAAACUUACUCCAGAGAACAUUUAUAUUUCAUGAGGUUUAAACGGGGAAAGAUAGAGGGAUUUGUUGGGUGCAUAAAUAACCUGAUAGUGUGCCCAUCCCUGAUAGUAUGUGUAAAGAGCAUAGAUUUCCUGGUAAUUCUAUUAUUUGCACUCAGUAGCCAAAGCCUUGUCCUGUUACAUGAAGUGGAAUAGAAGCUAAUCUGUGACAGAGGACUGUAUAGCACUUACCUCUUUGUAUUAUGACCCUAGGGACUUCAGCUACAAGUGUCUGGCAUAAUAGCACACUGAAUGACCCAGGCCAGUCGCUAAUAACAAUAAACAACAAUGCAUGAAGGUGUACCAGAAAGAUCCCAUUGAAUCAUGUUUGUAUAAAUUUGUGGUGUAAAGCACAUGUUUGUCUGAAAGUUCCUAUUAUUUUGGAAUCUACAAAUCAGAAUUAUGGAAAAAUAAUUGUACUGAAGCACUUCAGUGCAGUUGCUCUGUGCAUGUUUGUCCAAUAUGAUAUGCCAAGGUAUUUCUAUGACACUUUAGUAUUGUGAUGAUUUAAUAUCCUAAGGUGAAUUUGUAGGAUUGUUGCAAAAUGCCUUAAAUAGCCAGAAGUGACCUUAAAGGAGAGAGAGGGAGAUACAUUAUUUUAAUGUGGGCACCACAGUUGGGUCCAUGUACUUAGUUCUCUGCCAAGCACUAUUUCACUAUGAACCUGUGCAAACUAUGCAAAUGUUAUCACCUAAUAUGCCUUAUUUCUUUUUUAAAGUUGGGAGGGGGAAAACUUGUGUGGUCUGCAAAGAACUGUUUACAUUCCUAGGCUGAAUGCUUUGUAGUAUUGAUCUGUGCUAAUCUGUAACUGUUAUCCAGAACUCAUGUUUAAAUCCUAUUGGGCUUUGUGGGACAUUACAGCAGAGUUGAACAUGUGGAGCAUCAUGCUGUUAAGAAACUUGCACAAGGGAGGGGGGAUGCAAAAUUGAAUUCAGUUAUAUUAUCUAUCGUAAUAAGUGCAACUCCUUGUGGAAGAGCCAAGGAUUUGAUUAUUGCUCUCCAUGGAGACACUGUACGUAUGUGUUGAAAUUGAUAAAUCUUUUUUUUUUAACUAAAAAAAAUGCAUUGGCAAUCUUUUGAGCUGGUGUGUUGCUACUAAAUCGUGCGUAGAGAUAAUCUGUGGUGGAAAUUGAUAAUGAUUUUCCCUUCCUCACUACAGAUCCCUCUGCACCCCCAAAACGGGCUCUAAAGGGCAAGGAAGCCCUCAGAGCUGAUUUUGGGGAGCGCUAAGGAUUGUAGGGGGAAUGUAGGCCAAUCACGUUUACAGGCUUCUCUCAUCUGAAUCAUGAAGGUGUACACGCUACAAUUAUUUAAUCAUAAAUAUCUUUGGGAGUUUUUUUUUUACUGUGAGCCACUUAAAACUACUGAUUUCCAGUAUCUGUUUAGGACAGUCAAUAACUUUAUGUUGCAUAAAUGUUAUACAUUUCUUGCAAAAACAAAUAAAACCCUUUCCAGUUAAAUCUGAAA